CAGGCUGUGAUGGCAGACUGCCGGCCUCCUCCAUGGUUGCCAGUCCCGCCCUUCCAGCGCCCUGGUCGCCUCUCCCGUGUCUCCUUCCUGGGUGGCUGACCCGGAAGGAGAUCUGCGCCUGCUUCCCUGCGUGCCCCAGUCUGGGGUGCGCAGAGGGGACCCGGAAGUGGCCAGGAUGCAGAGGGGCUCCGGGGCCCACUCCUCCAGCAGUGCGGGUGCUGAGGCGCGGGGGAGCUUUUGGGACCCGAGGCUGGGGACUCCCCGCCCCGCACCGACUGCGCCCCGAGAGUCAGCAGAGAUGGAGAGAAUGGCCCGGGUGGUGUUGGCGGGAAUGUGGAGUGGCACAGCUAAAGCAGAGAGUGCGACCGAAAGCCGGGGCAUCCUCGAGAGCAUCCAGAGGUUCUCCCUGCUGCCCACCUACCUCCCGGUCACGUACCACAUCAACAACGCCGACGUGUCCUUCUUCUUGAAGGAGGCCAAUCAGGACAUCAUGCGCAACUCCAGCCUGCAGUCCAGGGUCGAAUCCUUCCUCAUCUACAAAUCCAAGCAGCUGCCAGCACUCAACGCCAGCUACGGGCCCUUCUCCAUCGAGCAGGUAGUGCCACAGGACCUGAUGCUGCCCACCAACCCCUUUGGGUUCACCAACACGUUUUCCCUGAACUGGAAGCUGAAGGCCUCCAUCCUGCGGGACAAGAUCUACCCGAGCCGCCCCAAGGUGCAGGUCCUCUUCCACCUGCUGGGGCGGGACUGGGACGAGCCACGGCCUGAGGAGAGGCUGCCCUGCCUGCACGUCUUCGCUUUCCGGGAGACCCGGCAGGUGCGGGGCAGCUGCCAGCUGGGCGGGGACCUGGGGCUGUGCGUGGCGGAGCUGGAGCUUCUGGCCAGCUGGUUCAGUCCUCCGACUGUGGUGGCCGGGAGGAGGAAGCCGGUGGAGCAGUCUGAGGGGAGCCCUGUGGAGCUGUACUACUCGGUGCAGCCGGGGGAUGCACAUGGGGACUGUGGCCAGGAGGCCCCCUGGAGGAGCAGCAGCGUCCGCACAGGGCACAAUGAUAUCGAGGAGUCCGGACCACCCUUGCACAGGAUCGGGAGCAUCUUCCUCUACCAGGCCCACAGCAGCCCGGCCCUGCAGGAGCUGCGCUUGGACAGUAACGUCGCUGUUCACUACGUCCCCAAGACGGCUCGACGAGGCGACGUGCUGACUUUCCCUAUCUCCGUCUCCAGGAACUGCACGGAGGACCGCUUCACGCUGAGGGCCAAGGUGAAGAAGGGUGUGAGCAUCGUUGGGGUGAGGGCCAGCAGCCCCUCCACCUGGGACGUCAAGGAGAGCCCGGAGUACACCGGGAAGUACGCCCCCGCCGUCAUCCUGUGCCACAGGAAGUCUGCUGCCUCUGCGAGCGGUGCAGACAACAGCUCUGAGGAAGUCAUGCAGAUUGACGUGGAAGUAGAAGAGCCCAGUGAUCCUCCAGCCACGCAGCUGGUCACCUGGCAGGUGGAGUACCCCGGAGACAUCACCUCCGACCUGGGUGUGUCCAAGAUCUACGUGAGUCAGAAGGACUUGGUUGGAGUGAUCCCGCUAGCCAUGGAGGCGGAGAUCCUGAACACGGCUGUCCUCACGGGGAAGACGGUGGCCGUGCCGGUGAGGGUGGUCUCCGUGGAGGAGGACGGCACCGUGACUGGGCCGCUGGAGUCCGUGGAGUGCAGGUCGUCUGAUGAAGACGUGGUUAAGGUGUCUGACAGAUGUGACUACGUCUUUGUUAAUGGGAAGGAAAUGAAAGGCAAGGUGAACGUGGUGGUCACCUUCUCCUACCAGCACUUGGUCAGCCCUCUGGAGAUGACAGUGUGGGUGCCCCGGCUUCCACUGCAGAUUGAGGUCUCGGACACAGAACUCAACCAGAUCAAGGGCUGGAGAGUCCCCAUUGUCUCCAACAAAAGGCCGGCUCGGGACAGUGAGGAGGGCGACGAGGAGGAGCAGAGGGGCCGAGGCUGUGCGCUGCAGUUCCAGCGCGCCAUGGUGCGGGUGCUCACACAGUUCGUGGCGGAGGCGGCCGGUCCCGGUGGACAGCUGGCCUACCUGCUGGGCACGGACUGGCAAGUGGACAUCACAGAGCUCAUCAGUGACUUCAUGCAGGUGGAGGAGCCCAGGAUCGCCACACUGCAGGGGGGACAAAUCCUGACUGGGCAGGAGCUGGGUAUGACCACCAUCCAGAUCCUGUCCCCGCUGUCGGACGCCAUCCUAGCUGAGAAGACUGUCACCGUGCUAGAAGAGAAGGUGACCAUCACAGACCUCGGCGUCCAGCUGGUGACCGGACUGUCCCUCUCCCUACAGCUCAGCCCCGGGAGCAGCAGGGCCAUCUUCGCCACCGCGGUGGCUCAGGAGCUGCUGCAGAGGCCCAGACAGGAAGCAGCCAUCAGCUGCUGGGUGCAGUUCAGCGACGGCUCUGUCACACCCCUGGACAUCUACGAUGGGCAGGACUUCUCGCUGGUGGCCACGUCCUUGGAUGAGAAGGUGGUCUCCAUCCAGCAGGACCCCAGGCUCCAGUGGCCGGUCAUCGCCGCCCAGACGGAAGGACGGGGCGCACUGCUGAGGGUGGAAAUGCUCAUCAGCGAGACGUGCCAGAAGUCCAAGCGCAAGAGCGUGCUGGCCGUGGGAACGGCGAGCGUCAGGGUGAAACUCGGCCAAAGCGGUGCCAACCCCAACAACAGCGACACCCGGCGGGCGGGGGUGGCCGGGCACCUGGAGAACGGCGUGGGCGAGGGGAGGUCCACAAAGCUGCUCCCGGAGUGGGGGGCCACGGGGGGCCAGUUCCGCAGCAGCUCCUCCUCCGGGGGUCUCAGGGAGGGCCGGGGCGGUGCCACGCAGAGGCCGAGCCUCUCCCGGGGGCGGGGCCGGGGCCGGGGCGGCUCCCAGGAGACCGUGGACCUCACCGGCUUCCCUGAGGCCGAGGUACCCAGGAGCCACGCGGACACGGAGCAGGGCAACCUGGCGCAGGCGUCCAAGGGCCUGAGCGACCUGGAGAUCGGGAUGUAUGCGCUGCUGGGCGUGUUCUGUCUGGCCAUCGUGGUCUUCCUCAUCAACUGCGUGGCCUUCGCGCUGAAGUUCAGGCACAAGCAGCUGCCCUUCGAGGAGCAGGAGGGCCUGAGCCACGCGCACGACUGGGUGGGGCUGAGCAACCGGAUGGAGCUGCUGGACACCCAGGCGGCCUUGCCCUCCCACCCCGAGGAGCAGGUUACGGCCAUCGACCGGGGCCUGGACGUGGAGGAGAGCAAGUAUCUCCUCCUGGGUACGGACGCGCAGCCCACAGAGGGCCCAGGGCAGCGGAGUGAGCCCCCGGCGUCCCCUACCUCGAAAAGGAAAAGAGUGACAUUCACGACCUUCACCGCCAUAGCGCCCGACGCUGGGCGCCCGGCCGAGAGCUCCAUGCUGAGGAGCCGGGAGGACGACAUCACGUGGGUCUGCCAGGACCCGGACCCCGGCCCGCGCGGCUCCCUGGAGCGGCUGCACGAGGAGGCCUAGGCCCGGCCGGGCGCUCCGCUCUCGUUCACCUUUGGGCCUUUAACCCCAGCACGUGUGGCCACGCACGCCGGGGAGGGAGGGGCGGACGGGCAAAGCUGGCGCGGGCAUCGAGGCCCAGGAAAUGCCACCCGCGGGCUUCACCAGGCGAGCCCGGAGCAGGACUCUGCUCAGCCCGAGGAGGCGGACGUGCCUGGCGCAGUUGUUAAGUCUCGGAACCGAAAUGAGCUCUGGCUCGCUGAGCCCGAGCGUCCCAGGACAGGGUGGGGCCUCUCCAUCUUAGUCAAAGCGAUUUGGGUUUUGUAGAAUCCACAGGGCUCCGGUGAUCAGGGCUGAGUGUGCGGACCGGCAGGCAGGAGGAAGUGAGUCCCUGGAAGGGACGGCGAGUGUGACCGUGAGCGCGCGUGGGCACAGCCGGCUCCGGGAGGCCAUGAUCUCCCGGAGACCAGGGCAGGCUGGCCCAGAGCAGACGAAGGGCAGCGGGAACGGUGGCAGACGGCCACAGCCAUGUGUAUAGCCACGCCCCAAGGACACUCGCGCAUGCGCACGCACACUCGCUGCUCUUCUGAGCGCCCCAGCUCCCUGGGCAGGACUUGCGGCCUCCGUCAGGUUCACAGACCCGAGCGCUUUUCAGUGGGCUCACCCGAGCGAAUCCUCACACCGCCAGCUCACCCGUCCAGAAGCUCCGGGCCCUGGGGGCUGGGGUGGGCGGUGUCGACAUGCAGCGAACCUCUCUGUCCCGAGCUCCGUGCUGGCUCCGGGUGGCAUCCCUCGGGAAGGCGCUGCGGGUCUCGGGCUGCACUGUGUCCAGGUCCAAGCCAGGCCGUGAAGGGCUGGGACUCCAGGAAGUGGCCAGGCCGGGGCUGCACCCUGCAGGCUCGGAGGCCCCGUGCCCGGAGAGGCGGGGCGGAGUGGGCCCCGCUGGAGAUAAGGGUGACCUGGGGCCCCAGGCCCCUCGGAGGCCCCGGGAUGACAGGCCGGGCUGGGCUGGACAAUCCUGGGACCCUGGGGAGGCCCAGCAGGACGGACAGGAGUCGGCUCGCUUGCUGUCCCUGCCAACUUCCUUUUCCUCAGUCACUGCUCUUCCUGUCUCUUCCGACUUCCUUCUCUCUGCCUCUGCUCCCACUUUGUCUGCAUCUCCUCCUGCUCCUCCUCCUCCUCCUCCUCCUGC